GAAUUUAGUAACUUAGGUUAAUCAGCAAGACUGAUUAUAUUAAUCAAGAGUCUAAGUCUCAUUUUCAGUUGACUGUGAAGCAUCAUUGCUGUAAGCUGACUUUCCCUGAUCCCUCCUUGAAAUGAAAGCGGGCGCGCUCCACUGUCGAUGUGCAAAAUGUUUUUCUCUCCCUGUGCGGAAGCGGGUGCGAAAGCGAGCAUCUGCCGUCUCGCUGCUUUCCCUGCCUGAAGAGCUUCUGGUGUUCGUCCUCCAGUGUCUCUCUGCCGAGGAUCUCCUCUCCGUCAGAGCUGUUCAUUCUCAUCUUUGUGACAUUAUCGAUACUAACGCGAGUAUCUGGGCACGAGUGAGUUUCAAAGACCGCUGGCCGGCUCCUGAUACCGUUUGGCUCUUUGAGAGGGCUGCGGAGAAAGGGAACUUUGAAGCUGCUGUGAAACUAGGAAUUGCAUAUUUGUACAAUGAAGGACCAUUACUCAGCGAGGAGGGUCGUGCUGAUCUGUGUGGCCGAAUGGCAUCUCGGUAUCUGAGCCUGUCCGAGAGCCUCAGGUCCCCGCAGGCAGAGCCCUUCAUCUGGCUGUUCAUCCGGCCGCCCUGGUCCGUGUCCGGCAGCUGCUGCAAGGCUGUAGUGUUUGAUCGACUCCAGGCAGAGUGUCAGACCAGCCCGGGACGAAAAGGGACGUUACUGUACUGCCUGGCCCGAGUCCUUCAGCUGUUUGACGAUGAGGAGAAGCGUGAUGAAGCGGAGCUCAUGCUGAAGGAGUCCUCCAGAUGCGGCAGUCUGCAGAGCUCCUACCUGCUGUGGGCAAUCAGCCGUGCCUCAUCGACGGCCGACCCCGGCAGGUAUCUGCAGUGCAUGCGCACACUCAGGGACUACGCUGCUAGAGGAUGCUGGGAAGCUCAGCUGGCGUUUGUGAAGUCGUGUGGAUCUGCUAACCCUUUGGGUCUGGAGCCGCGGGCCUGCAGUGAACUCGUGUCCCAGUUUUUCCAGACGGGACCCUCAGCCCUUCGGUACCAGCCACAUCUGCAGGGACAGGACAUCACCACCAAGAGGUAUAUUCUGGUGGACUGGUUGGUGGAAGUGACCACCACGAAGGACUUCUCCAGUCAGGUGCUUCACGUGACCAUUAGCUGUGUGGACCGAUAUCUGCACCUGCGCUCCGUGCCAAAGGCCCAGUUGCAGCUCCUGGGCAUCGCCUGCAUGGUCAUCUGCACCCGAUUCAUCAGCAAGGAGAUCCUGACCAUCCGUGAGGCGGUUUGGCUCACAGAUAAUACCUAUCAGUAUGAAGACCUGGUGCACAUGAUGGGCGAGGUUAUCUCUGUGCUGGACGGAAAGAUUCGGACCCCUACAGUGUUGGAUUAUGGGGAGGUGCUGCUGUCGUUGCUGCCGGUGGAGCGUCGAACUGCUCACCUCUUCAGCUACAUCUGUGAGCUGUCUCUGCUCUGCUCACCCGCCACUGUUCCCGGACCAGCCCGACUCGCCAGCGCCAUCCUGCUGCUCACCAGAGCGCUGCACAAUUACGUUCCUGUGUGGCCCGUCCAGCUGGAGGAAAACACUGGCUUCUCCAAGCAAGAUCUGGUCUCUUGUGCUUUAACGCUCUACAUCAAAUGUUUUGGUCAAGAUGUGCCCAAAGACUACAGACACGUGUCAUUAACUGGAGUCAAGCAAAGGUUUGAGGAUGAUUCGUAUCAGCAGAUCAGCAAAGACACGGUGAUGGGCUUUAAGGAGCUGUGUCAUGUGCUGGAGGUGCCGGAGGUGGAGCCGCAGGUGGAGGUGUCCAGUACCAGUGGUCAGAUCACAGAGAUGCACACCUUCCUGUCUUCACCCACCAGCAGCAGCAAGAGGAGGAGAGCCGACAGCAUGCAGGCCCACCGAGGUGCUUUUGUGGCCACACCCACUGCAGAGUUGUCCAAUCAGGAGGAGACCCUGCUGGGAGACUUUCUGGAUUGGAGCCUGGACACUUCCUGUUCUGGAUACGAGGGAGACCGUGAGAGCGAGGGAGAGAAGGAUGGAGAAAUCUCCACAAUGGAGGUGCAGAUGGAGCUGCCGCUGGAUUGCGCUGACAGACAGACGCACUGCUGCCUGUUAUCAAGCGACGACACCAGUCUGUGUGAAGAAGACGAGCAGGAGCCUCCAACCGGCGGUAGCAAACCCUGGACACGCCAUCUUUCCUCUUCCUCCACCUCCUCCUCAUCCUCCUCCUGCGGCUUUUGCACAGACCGCCACAGCUCCGGCUACUCCUCCAUUCAGAGUUUCCCCAGUCCAACAGGGUCCUCCGCUCUGGUUUCCCCACAGAAUCCACCUGGUGUUCCUUCGCAAAGGAUUCGCCGUCAGGUCAAGAGGAAAAACACGGCAGCUCACAGCGCGGGAGAAGCAGAACAAGAGGACGACGCAGCAAACCUAGCCUUUCUGAGCUUCUGAUCGACAGGAAGCUUGAACGCAUCACUUCCUGGCUGCCCGCCAGGAGCACUUUGGAUCAACGGGUGCUGAUGGUCUCAAAAAGCGCCAUUUCAGAGCUUUAAACACAAGAUAAGUACAAAGGUCAUGUUUUUUCUUUCCCAUAAUGCAUUUCACUUCAGCUCCUGAUGGCAGGAGCGCGUUUGCUGUUGACAAGCAGCGCGAUUUAAUGCCUUGAAUGUGUUCGAAUCACUGGAACUUGUGGGGGUUUUUUUAAGUCUUGUGUACGGUGUGUUGCGUCUGUGGAAGUAUUUAAAGCCCAGACUGUUUACAGUUUCUCCCGAAUGCUUUGUCUGCAAUAUUUUUAACUAACGCACGCAGUUCAUGAAGUUUCAUAACAAUUAAUGCACUGUCAGAAAACAAAACUGGUUUGUUUACACACUCUUUUGUAUUCAUCUUGAACUGGACUGAAGCGCUUCAGUGUUUUUAAGUAUUUGCGCAUACUUUUGGCGUUCGUCACGAAAUUCUGCCAGAGUUCGUGUUGUUGACUCUUUCAUACUGUUUUCUUCCGGAUACCACUGAUGUUUAUUUGACCUCUGAGGCCUGUAGAUGUACAGGGCUUUCCUAAUUGACGCACAGCUAACCGCUGAUGAAUGUGAUCGUUUGACAUGCUUUGUCGUAAUGACCUCGAGAGAGACACCGAGCACUUUUUUUUGUGUAUCAUCCCAUGCUGGAAACUGAUGCUUCGUCUCUGUUUUAUCUUUAAUAUGCUUGAACAAUCAACCAUAUGUAUGUAUCUGUGUGAGGUUAUGACACUAAAAGCAUUAAGUUAUUAUUGUCAGGUCUUGUUGGUACUGUAUGUCGAACGUCACUAAAGGAUUGCGACUGUAAAUAAUUCUUACUCCGUGUUUAUAUUUGUAAAUAUAUAAAUGUAUGAAGCUGUGAAAGGCCAUGGGAACUUGAAAAAAGAGAAAAAGAUGCUUGUUUUAUCCUGAAAACAACAAUUAAACCAUGCAGUAGUUA